CAACGUUCCAAACGGCAGCACGCGCCGCCUGGGCGGGAAGCGGCGCCUCGCUGAGGAAGCGCGAGGCGAGUGCUCUGGCCUGUGUCCGCCCGGGACAGGCGCCCUGCUCGUGGGCGGACUUGAUUCAACGCUUUAGAAAUGAAGGGGGAAUCUCACUUGCUGGAAAUUAAAGUGCUAAUUCAAGAGCUGGUGAAGAAAGACACCUCAUCAAAUGUACCUGAGAUCAUUGACAAACUGUUCAGUGAGAUAGAAUGUGUGGAUAACGAGGCUGGGAAUGAGAUUCAGGAGGCUCAGAUUGAAGAAAGUGCAAUAAGCCUAUGGAAUUGGGCUGUGACUAACCGAGUAGAUUCAGUCAUCAAUGAUGAGCAAAGAGCUAAAUUGCGCCAUGUUUCUUGCAGGCUAGUGUGCCUGUGUGAAGGCAGCGAUCCUCCAGAGGAGAAAGUACGAAGACAGAUUUUGAUGACCAUGAAGACUGGAAAAGGGUGGGUGGAUGUUGGAAAAGCCGCCCUUGCUGAUGGAUUUCUUGUGAUUGCCAUAAAUUGUUCUGGGUGCUUUUGUUUUCUUUUCCAGAGUCUAGAAAAACUAUAUGCCCAAUUAAUGAAGAGGAGCAGUGGUGAGGCAGAUAUUCAGGUGCACAAAGCUGAUGUAGAGAAGGACCUAUUCAAAGUGCUGUCUUACCAGGCUGAAUCAGCAGUUGUUCAAGGGUAUUUUCAAAAAGCAGUGACAUGUUUGCAACGCUGCAAAGAUAUGUUGACAAGGCUGCCAAAACAGACCUGUUAUCUGUCAAUCCUCUGCUAUAACUUUGGAGUGGAAACCUAUGAACAGAAGGGGUAUGAACAGAGCUCCUUCUGGCUCAGCCAGAGUUAUGAGAUUGGGAAAAUGGAUAAGAAGUAUUCUCCUGGGGAAGAAAUGCAGGCUAAAGUGCUGCGGUUAUUAGCCACUGUCUAUUUGGAGUGGGAUUGCGAACAGUAUCAAGACAAGGCUCUCAGAGCUAUAAGCCUGGCUAACGAGGAGAAUAUGCAUCCAGCUGGGUUUUUCUUGAAAAUUAAAAUCCUUCUGAAAAGUGCAGCAUCUGAUGAAGGCAUCAGGACAGCUGUUGCUGAACUUCUGCAUCAUGAGGUGUCACUAGAUUUCUGUUUGAACACUGCUAAGCUGCUUCUGGAACAUGAAAGGGAAUUGGUUGGUUUUGAUUUUCUGAAGUCCAUCUCUGGGCGGUUUGCGUCCUCACCUGAUCUCGGAAAAAUCAUCUUACUCCACAUCGAGUUUCUGUUACGGAGGAUGAAGGAGCCACUUGCCAAGCAAAAAAUUGAAGAUGUCAUUACAGGUCACUAUACAGGAAAACAGCUGUCACCUGAAACACUGAACCGGCUGCACAUCAUUCUGUGGGACAGAGCUGCCAAGAGCUAUGAGGCAAAAAACUACUCUGAAGCCCUUCAGUGGUAUAACUAUUCUCUCAGCUUCUAUUCAUCUGGGCAGAUAGAUCAGAACUUGGCUAAGUUGCAGAGGAAUAUGGCUUCCUGCUACUUUCAUCUGAAACAACUUGAAAAAGCAAAAGAGGCAGUGAAGGAAGCAGAGAGGUGUGAUCCCAGCAGCAUCUUCACUCAGUUCAGUGUGUAUAAGGUUGCGGUCUUGGAGGGUAACACUGAAAAAGCUGUGGAAGCAAUUGUUGCAAUGGGGAAGUUAGCAGCAAAGCCAGCUCAGCAUGAAGAUAAGCUACUAGCAGAUGGAAGUGCAGCCACCAGCCUUCUGAGUUUAUCUGCCCAGAUUGCUUUAGAGAAUGAACAACAGGCUGUGGCUGUCAAAGCUUUGGAGUAUUUAUCUCAGCACUCACAAGAUUGUCAACAAGUGUUUACAGCUUUAAAGUGUUUGGUUCGCCUGGUGUUGUCAAAAGUCACGACAGAACCCAAAGAGAAUAGGACUAAAGAUAUGGAAACACUCCUGACUUACUUGACCUCAGCACAUCGGAGACUUGCUGAGUCUUUUACAGAAGGGAGUAUGACACUGGAUAUGAGGACCCAUGAGGCUCACUGGUUUAGAAAAAUAGCUUGGAACUUGGCUGUACAGUUCGAGAACUGCCCAGGAACAAUGAGGGAUUUCUUUGUACUGUCGUUCAAGUUGUCCCAGUUUUGUCCUUCUGAUAAAGCUGUUCUGAUUGCCCAGAAGACAUGCUUGCUGUUGGCUGCAGCAGUUGAUCUGGAAAUGGGGCGAUGCAGUUUAACACUCACUGAACAGAUUGAGCUUCUGUCUCAGGCCCUUCAUCACAUCCAGGCAUGCAGGGAAAUCUGGAAUGUUCUGAAGCUAACAGGAGAUUUCUCCAAAGACCCAACAGACACAUUGCUGCUGCUUUAUGAAUUUGAAGCAAGAGCCAAACUCAAUGAUCCAGAACUGGACAGCCUGUUGGAAUUGGUGUGGGAACUGCCACAAAUAGAGACUAAGAUGCUGGAAACCAUUGCUUCAUUAGCGAUGGAGUCUCCUGCUCAUUAUCCCUCUGUGUGUAAGAGGGCCCUCAAGAGCGCUCUGACCCUUCAUAGGAAACAGGAAUCCAUUGAUGCUGUGAGAGUCAGCAAAUGUCUGCACAGCUUGGUUCACCUUUCUCUGCCAACUGGAGUGAUAGACACAGAUGCUUGUGUACUGGAGGAGGUGUGGGGCUACUUUGAAGAUGCUCUGAGCAUUGUAGGCACCACAGAUGAUUACCCAGAGGUGGAGACCCUUUGGCUGAUGACCAGAGCCUGGAAUACAGGAAUACUUCAGUACAGUGUUGGUAAAUACAAGGAGGCUGAGCAGUGGUGUGGGCUGGGUAUGCGCUUUCUGAAUCACCUGAGAUCCCUGAAGAGCAGCUAUGAAAGCCAGAUGAUUGGUCUUUAUGGCGAGGUGCUGGAUAAGUUGGACAGAGCAAAGGGAUUCCUUCCAAAUGAAGAAUAACACUCAGUGCAGCAAGCUAGGGUGAUGGCACCCCCUGUAAACAUUCAGCUGGAUAGAAGAGACUGCUAGCUUUUCAGCGAGUGCUGGGACCAGCAGCCAGGGCCUGCUCCUCUUGGCCAUUUGAAAGCUAUGUACUUUUAAGGAAGUUUUUAUUGAAGAGCUGUAACUGUUUCCUUCAGGGACGUGUAUUCAUGCUAGAGAGCUAUUUAAUGGUAAGAAGCUGAGUCAUAACUUUAUGAGAUGGGGCUGCUGUUGUACAGCCAGGCUAGUUUAAAUGUAGGA